GAAGAAGCAAGGAGGCAAAGAGAAUAAAACGAGGGACACUACGAGAAAAGAAAGGAAACAGAAUGACAAAAAUAUCUGCUCUUGGGAUCUUGGUAGGUGUGCGAGGCGUCCUAGCCAGGCGGUGGGGGUGCUCGCGUGCUUCUUGUUGGCCACAAAUUGUAUGGGGCCGGGAGAUGUUACUGCGGAGGGCGUUCGUGGUAGCAUCCCUGGCUCUCUCUUCGUACCCAGAAAAGUAACUGCUGGCGCGGUCGCUAUCGGUUAUCGCUUCUCCUAUCUGACUACUUCUCCACCACUCUUCGUCUUCCCCACCUCUCGAGUCGCCUCUUGUCAAAUGUUUCUGAGUUAUAGUACUAGACCUAGGCGUAUCGCAGGAAAAAACGUUAUCACUCUCGCUUUUUUGAUUUUUUGAGCUUUGCGCACUGAGUGCGGGGCGGUACUUGGACGCUGGAAGGGGGAGAGCGGCAGGGGCAAACCGUGGAGGCUCACUCUUUGCCUGGAUAUGGUGCCACCAGAUGGCUGUAGACGAUCGGAGGCACGGCGAUACCCCCAAGACGGUCCAAGAUGGACGGCGAAGGCGUGGCCCUUCCUUGAUGAGGUCGCCGAGCCUCCACCAGCCGCGACUGCGGGGCCACCUCGUAACCACAUCCACCACCCGGCCAAAUGUCCCUAACGGUUCAAAAUAGCCCAAGCACGCACGGCAUAAACCACAAAGCGACGCACCGCGGGAGCAAUCUGGCCCCGCGUGGCUCCGGGGGUGGCUUUGGAGGGGCUGCGAGUAACCGCCGGGGGCUUCAGAGUGGUAGCAAGCAGACGAGCCUCAGAGCAUGGCCGCCCAGGCGCUGGCAUGUGAAUCAGGUGAAGGACCUGCAAAAAUCUCAAGCAGCGGGGCCGCAAGCUAGCGAGCUGAAAGCAGCCAGAUCCUGCCACCAUCUUCGCGCGCCAUCUCUGCUCGGGGCAGUUGGCUAGGCUUAGACACAUCCAAGUCGGGAGUGUUUUUCAAGGUUUGCCAGGCUGAUGAGGUGGCAGACUGCUCGCGCCGCUCCCCCCAGCUCAGUCACGGCGGACAUGCUAACGCGUCGCGAGUCCUGGGGCCUCACGUUGGUGCCACAGGGUGCCUCCGUUCGUUGUUCAAAGCUUCGAAGGCUUCGCUAGCUUCGCAAGCCAAAAGGCGAACACUUGGCCCCCGAGCUUCCUCCGGCUCCUUUGCCUUGGGGCGUUCGCGCUGCUGGUUUUUGCUGAGUUGAGACACCAGCCGGCGGGCCACGCCGUGUCCACUUGCUGAGGUGGAUCGCCUUGCUUGGAAAUGCCGGAGGACCUCAGGCGACCCCCCUCGCCGACCCCCUCAAACACUCCAGCAAAAAAACGAGAACGCCUUCGCGCAUUCGAGUGGCAUUGUGUCACCUGUAGGCCCUCUAGAUUCUCGAUCUUCGGGCGGGACUUUUGUAGGGUUCGCGAAGGUCUUCGGGCGCCAAAAAAAUUAUCAGCGGAAACCAGUGCGUCAAAAGUGUUAUAUUUUGCCUGUUUUGAAAACAAGGACCCCCCUCCACCACCCUCCCCCCACCACUCUGGCCAACAGCUCGCGGCGGUUCUCCUUAGCUGCCUCCAGCCUUUAGCCAGUUUGAGCGAGGUCGCCUGCGUGGGUACUCUGGUGCGGAUCUUCAUGAACCCCCAGCAGCGCACUUCUUGGCACUUGGCCCUUGCAAGUGGUCCGCGUGACGACAUUGCACGGAGGCGCCGCGCCAAGCCCCAGCGGGCUGCCUUGCGGCUGAAGCAUCUCAAGCAAAGCCGUUCGCCAUCUUCUUGGUGCGCAUGCAUGAGAACAGAGCGAGGCCGCGAGUGUCACCAUUGGGAGAAUGUGCGGAGUGUGCAGCAUAGAAACCCCAGAAAACAAGAAGAGAACACCACCGCAAAGCGGUGGCAGCUUCUUCCCAUUCUGUUCCGGAGGAGAGGUGGGCGGCGGAGUCGUCCCCUCCAAGGCGAGGCAGAUGGCUGGGGGAGGCGUUGCUGCUGGUGAAGAGGGUGCACUUGUUGGAGAGGGCUGCGACCAUGGCAGCGAAGACGAGGCGUAGGGAGUGAGCGACGCGAAAGGCCAAGCGGCGCGCUCUGGUAGCCACCAGAUGAAAGCGCGGCGCCGUCUGCGUGCUUUGGUGCGUGCAGUGUUUGGCGAUGUGCUCGCGCAUCUCUUUCGCCUUGUGGGUGCUUUCUCGCCUUCUGUAGCCUUCGCGCUCAGACGCUAAACAUGGCUGAGCCUCAGGGCCCGCUGACUGAGCUGAGCGGCCACACACACACCUCAGCGGCACAGCUUUGCAGGGGGUUACGAAUGACGAAAGGGCCACGCCUUGCGAACUUGAUCGGCGGGCUCGGGUUUCGCCUGCAGCCGUGGCCACCUAUCAAAGGCCUCAAAAAUGCGAGGCAUUGUUGUCCUUGGUGAAUCUCAGCCCCAGCCAUCGGGUUACCGCUGGCCCCGCGCUCUACUUGCCUCCUGGUUUUGUUAAGCUGGAAAAAACAAAAAAAAACGAGAGUGAUAGCGUUUUUUUCUUUGAUAAGGCGCCCGGCAGCACCCAUGUCACCCCACUAGAAUCCUCCACCCUCCAAGUCGUUAGGCACAUUGGGAGCCAACCCCAGGCCAAGGAGCCGCCGACCCGCCCACAGUUUUGCGAAGACUUAAACUUUUGCGACUGCGUUCGCUUUUCCCUUCCUUAUCGUUUGGGACUUCAUUAUAGGUAUCUGAUACCCGAUGGGAGGUAACUGCUUGGAAUAAUAUGGAAGAUCGGCCCAAAGAUGUUACUUUGAUGAUGGUGAAAAAGAUGAAGGGUAGGAACGUCAGCUGUCGCAGGCCUGAUAGAAAAUGGAGGACGCCUCCUUUUGGCCUUUCCAAGGGGGUCAAAAAUUCCCCGGCCCCUCUCGCUAGUGGUAAAGCUGCCUUUUGCUUCGGACGCGGGCGAGUUUUGCUUCUUGCCUUCUCGUUGCAGUGCGUUGUCAUCGGAAGGCUUGGCGGAGGUGGAAAGGUUAAGAACGUAGUGACUCUUGUCCAAGAUACAUAAAAGAAGCGCCAUAUGGCAUGUCUUCAGAGUAAUGGCUUCCAAGUUAGUCCAACAAGCACACGGGCAACAGACUCAUAUAGUUUCUCAGAAGUCUCAGACCUCGGUCUGGUCUCCGUCUACGAUCUUGCCAUCCUCGCCCCAAGAAUAGGCACGCUCGUCAGUCAGUCAAUUUCUAAAAGUAACAAGAAGCGAUGCAAGAGAGGAGAAAGCUGCAACGAAGGUUCCAAAGACAGUGAGGACCUUGGAUUUUUUGCGUCGCUUUCGAAUAUCUGGCCGUGGGGAGGAGGUGUCAAGUUCUAUUUGAUACUGUUCAUCCUCUAAAAACUUCUUCUACUACUACUUUUUUUCUGUCUCUCUCUCGACUAAUGAGUUAGAUCUUAGCUUCUACAUCUACUACUAUUUGACUUUGAGCGUCCUCCUCUAGUGUCAACUUCUGAACUUCUGACCAGGUGCACAAGCCGGCCCUGAGGCGAGCGCGAGCUCCACCAACACGGCGCUGGUGAACAAUGGGACACACCCAAUGGGUCCUGCGGUGGCAGAGCAGACGGAGAAGACAGCCAUCCCACCGCCCAAGGCUCGAUCGGAGAAGACUGCCGCGGAUGACCCGACGAGUCGUGGUAUUUAUUUUCAUUGGUGGUUCCUUAUAGAUAUCUGAAACUGGUAUUGGUAAUACCUCUGAAGCAGGUGCUUGUUGUUGUGCCCUCUCUCGGCUAAUGGGCUAGGUGCUAACUUCAUCUUCCCUUAUAUAAUAAUAUGAUUCUCGCAUCUCCAUCUUCCUCUGGUGCCACCUUCUGUGCAGGUACCAGCGUCGGCCCUGAGGCGAGCGCGAGCUCCACCAACAAGGCGCUGGUGAACAAUGGGACACACCCAAUGAGUCCUGCGGUGGCAGAGCAGACGGAGAAGACAGCCAUCCCACCGCCCAAG